UCAAACCUCAUGGUGCCUGACGAAUUAGUAUUGGAUCCCCAAUUGAAAUACUGGGUUCUCCUUCCCAUUUCAGUGGUGAUGGUGGUUGUUGGACUACUUCGGUCUAAUGUCACCCUUCUCCUUAAAUCUGAUCCCAAAUUAGAGGAGUUCAAGAAGAACAGAGAAAAGCAAUUCUUGAAGAGAGCCACGUCAUUCAAGAAUGGUAGCUCAGUGCUCACUCGGGACGAGUUUCUCGUCAGACAAGAGUACUUUAUUACUCAGUUGAAGUCUAGUGAGUUCUUUGCUAACAAGAACGUCUCCAGUGAUGCCCCUGCCAACCCCUUGACAGACCCCGGGUCGGCCGAUGCAUUAAUGGAAAUGGCAAAGGGAAAUAUGAUGAACUACAUUCCACAAACGCUUAUCAUGGCGUGGGUCAACUAUUUUUUUGCUGGGUUUGUGAUCAUGAAGUUGCCCUUCCCUAUCACAGACAGUUUUAAAAGCAUGCUACAACAGGGAAUCGUGACUCCAGAUUUGAACGUCCGGUACGUAUCACUGAUAUCGUGGUACUUUGUCAACUUGAUGGGAUUGAAACCAGUCUACUCAUUAAUCAUGAACGAUUCAUCUGCUGCUGAUGAGCUUGUCAAUCUGCAACAACAAAAUCAGCAACUUCCAAACUUGGGAGCUCCUGGAGCCCCAAAAGUCGAUAAGAUCUUUGAGAAGGAGGCGGCAGACAUUCAAAUCUUGUCCCACGAGUCUAUCUAUGAUGGCAUUAUAGAUCGAGUUUUAGCAGCCGAUUUGUAAGUGUAGGCUAAUGCGCGGAAAUAUAUAAGUAAGCAUCGCAUCUCGUUUUCGAAAUUUUGUCAUUCGGUUACAAACAUGAGUCCAGCAACUGUGAUAUGUAUUGGAAUGGCGGGGUCUGGAAAGACCACGUUCAUGCAAAGAUUGAAUGCUCACUUACAUUCUAAAAACACUCCUCCCUAUGUGAUUAACCUAGAUCCAGCAGUGUUGAAAAUUCCCUAUGGUGCCAACAUCGAUAUUAGAGACUCUAUCAAAUACAAACAAGUAAUGGAACAGUACAAUUUGGGACCCAACGGGGCAAUCGUCACUUCAUUGAACUUGUUUUCCACUAAGAUCGACCAGGUGAUCAAGUUAGUGGAAAAACGUUCUGAAUCUGUUAACAAUGUCAUUGUGGAUACUCCAGGACAAAUCGAAUGCUUUAUUUGGUCUGCCAGUGGUUCCAUCAUCACCGAAGCGUUUGCGUCGACUUUCCCCACCGUCAUCGCCUAUAUUGUUGACACUCCAAGAAACACAUCACCCACCACUUUCAUGUCCAACAUGUUAUACGCAUGUUCGAUUUUGUAUAAAACCAAAUUGCCCAUGAUCAUAGUAUUCAACAAAACCGAUGCCCAAGACGCUGAGUUUGCUAAAGAAUGGAUGAAGGAUUUCGAAACGUUCCAAAUUGCCAUCAACAAAGACCAGGAUAUGAAUAGUGAAGACGGGUCCAGUUAUAUGUCUUCUCUUGUGAACUCGAUGUCCUUGAUGUUGGAAGAGUUCUACUCCACUUUGGAUGUUGUUGGUGUCAGCUCGUAUACCGGGGCGGGAUUCGACGAUUUCAUGGAUGCUAUUGACAACAAGGUGGAAGAAUACAACGAGUUUUAUAAGGCAGAAAGAGAACGGAUCUUAAAGAAGAAAGAAGAGGACGAGAAGAAGAGACAGGCAAAACAGUUAAGUUCAUUGAUGAAAGACUUGAAGAUCAAGAACGGUAAAACCGCUUCGAACGACGGCGAAGUAUUAUCUGAUUUGGAAGACGAAGAAGAGGAUGAAUACAAUGGAGAAGUGUUGAGGGAUGAAGACGAGCCCCAAAGAGAAUACACCUUCCCUGAAGAUAGAAACUCCGAGAUUAAUAGUAAUACUGAUUCUGACUUACAGUCUCGAUACCAAGCUGCUCUUGAAGCUACUUCCAAGACGACAUCAUCCAAGACUGCUGAAAACAUUGCUCAGUAUAUCAGACGUUAAGCUUACGAAAUAAAUGUAUAUUACCUUUGCAA